AUGUCAACUGACUACGAAUACUCAUUCUUCCGCAUCGCCAAAGAAGAUGUGACGGCGUCAACAGCCCAAAAGUACAAACAGCUGCGCCUGCAUGCCCUCUCCGUGGCACCGACGUCGUUCUCCUCGACCUACGAGAUAGAAUCCGCCUUCGCAGACACCGAAUGGAUCAACCGUCUCACAGCGACCGGAAAAGAGACAUUCAUCUGCGCCGCGACACCCACCCAAAACAACGAUCCAUCAGACUCGCAGAGCUCAUUAGCGAGCACCUGGAUCGGCCAACUAACCCUCCGAGGCCCACAAUCACCCUCAGACUUCGCCCUCCCCCCCGAAUCAGGGCAAAAGAGCCCCACCGGCGAAGAACUAUGGCAAAUGCUCAGCCUGUUCACGCUCCCCGAGCAUUGCGGGCGGGGGCUAGGAAAGAAACUGUGCCAGGAGGCGCUGAAUUACCUUGCUUCUUACAAAGUCUCUCCGCGGGAGGUUCUGGUGCGGCUGAUGGUGAAGCCUGAGAACCACGCUACGGUCAGCUUGUAUCGGGGGCUGGGGUUUGCGGAGGUGGGGAAGUGUACGCUUGCUGAGGCGCUGGUUGCGAAUGGGGAUGGGCAUCUGUUGCCGGGGGAUGUUAGUGGGGAGAAGUAUUCUGCGCGGAGUGGGUUGAUUAUGGUGUUGGGGAUUCGUCGCGGGUGA